GCAGCAGGAUCGCAGUUUCCUUGCACGCGCCACGAUUUUUUUGUGCUCGCUUUUUGUGAUUUAUUGUGUUACACACAUUGUAAAGGAUACAAAAGGAGAACGCAGGCUCGGAAAGCAAAUAAUUUUUGAACUAAAAAAUAAGCAGACAGAAACAGUAAAGUUUCAGCGUUUCUUUGCGGUGUUAAGCCACAGCUGUUUGGGUAUGAAAAAUGUACCGUUAUUUGUGUCGUUAAUUGUAUUCCGCAAUGGAUGUGUAUAAAAAGUGAAAAUCGGUUAUAUACGUAUAUAUUGUAAUAUAUAUUUGCGUGUACUCUAAGCCUAUAAAUUGUGCAUGAAAAAGCUAUAUCCGCUUCCGGUUUGUAAAAGUCUUCAAUUCAAUCGGAUCGAGUAGUAAAUAUUCUUUUAUAAGAAAGUGCGUUUGUGCAGAAAUUUCAGUGAAUACACACUCGCUUGUUAGGGCAGUGGCGAAAAGCGAGCGUGUGCAUAUAUGGCAACAAAAAUAACAACGAGUAUUUAUGUGUUUGUGUGUGUCUCUGAACUUGGCGAUGGCGCCGCAAACCGCUGUGAAGAUGCCUAAGUGCAGUGUUUAAGCGGACGAAAAGAAUUAACUGUUCUUAUGUGACUAAGAAACGAAAAAAUUAACUCGAUCUUUUGAAGAGAUUAAGCACAAGAUCUUGAAACAUUACUCGAACAGUGUAUCAGUGUUGAUUGUCACCGUUAUAGUGCUGCAAAACCGCCAUCAUGGAUAGUUCUCCUGAUCUAUCCUUGAAAUUACGUCGCGGCUCGAGCGAUUCGCGCGACAACUUUUACAUGGAUUUCGCGCAAGGCAUUGACUCCGACAUCGAAGAGGUGGAUAACAGCGCUUUGGCCCUCGAACCGCAGCAACCGCCACCGCCACCCUUGCCCAUCGUCGCACCCGAAGAUGUACUUGGCGCCGGUUUUAUACCGCCACCACCGCUGGUUAUGCAGGGACAACCCUUGCCAACACUCACCGAACACGAUGAUCUACCACCAACGCCACCACCACAAGAACAACCCAUCGGCAGCGUGGUUGACUCACCGCCUGCAUCGCCAACAUCAUCGGUACUCGAAAUGAUACCACCACCACCACUUUCACCACCUAUGAUAACACCGCCACCUGUACGUGCAGUGCCAUUGGCACCACCAUCACCACCAAUCGAAACUGAAGACGAAGGUGAUGACGCCGAUGUGGAUGAAGAAGAAGAAGAGGACGAUGAUAAGUCUACACCGCCACCGCCAUUGCCGCCACUACCAUCAAAUUUUUCUUAUGUACAUGGUAACGGUGCACAUGGAGCUGGCAUACCGGGUGCAGGUGUCGCCACACCACCUAAAUCACCAUCAACGUCUCCAUCGCCACCAGAUACACCACCGCCGUGUCCUAAAAUGUCAUUACCAAUGAAAUUGGCUUCGCCACCGCCACCACCACCACCUAUGCACGCACCAAUGCCAUUGCCACCGUUGACACCUCCCUCAGAGAGUGAUCAAUCGCAACCGAAUUCACCACCACCAUUACCGCAGCAUGCACCACUACCACAAUCACCACCACAUUCAACUGGUUCGCCAGCCAGUUCGGUUGGUUCACAACCGCGUUCGUCGGGUUCACAACAACGUGUUGUGCUGGUUUCGCCUCCGCUUUCUACAGGCUCCCGACCACGUUCCAUGGGUUCGCCGCAAGGCUCGAUUAAUUCGCCACCACAUUCGAUCAGCUCUCAACCGCGUUCAAUUGGUACGCCACCACGCAGUAGGGAGGCUAUACCUGAAGAUGGUCCAGCUACGCCGCCACCGGAUUUCGGUGAGCCAAGUGAUGUUAUUGCCGCUGCUCUGGCUGCGGCUAUCGAAGUGAAAUCUUGCGAACUUAUCCAAGGUAUUACACAAGGCACCGCCUACCAUAUGAUUGAUGAAAAUAAAUCAUCAAAUGAAGAUGAGUCUACGACGAUAACCACGCCACCAAGUAAUGGUUAUUCUGGUUCAUCAUUGAUUGUGCCACCUGCUGAUCAAUUGGGUGAAUUGGAACAGGAUACCGGCAUGAUGCUGGCUGAUAUACCGCCACCCUUAGGCAUGGAAGAUGAAGAGCCAGACGAUAUUCAGCAAGAAGAAAUGGAAAUCGAUGAAGUGUCGCCCAAACUGCCAACAGAACCCAUGGAGGUUGACGAAAUAGUGGAGGAAGAGGAAGCCUACAGCGAACGGACACCAAUCUCUGAUCGUCAACCAAGUGAAGAUCACACCACUGCCGACACACCAGCUGACGAGGUGGUCGAAACACGCGGCACGCCUACAUCACAAGCUACACCACGCAGCACACCGCUGCCAACACCACCAGCUUCCGGUUCGCCUAAGAAGAAACGCAGCAGCGUAAGCAUCAGUGGUGGCAGCGGUUCUGGCAGUCGCGGCCCAAGCCGUAGCGCCAGUCGCAGUGGCAGCCACAGCGGUAGUCAUGGCGGCAGUCGAAAUGCCAGUCGCAGUGGCAGUGUACGCGGUAGCAUUGCGUCACGCGCCGGUAGCAUUGCCGCCGCCUCAGUUGCUUCAGCAGCAGCAUCUAUUGCCUCUGGUUCGCCACACGUGGUUGAAGCAGCAGCGUCUGCGACAGCGGUGGCUUCACCACAAACUUCUAUCAAAUCGAUACGUAGUCAACCGUCGUCUAUAAAAUCGGCACAUUCAAAACAUAGCGCCUCACCGCCAAUGAUGAAGAGUCCACCGGAGGGCGAUCGUCCACCGGUAAUGCCAUCACCACCAAUGAUGCGCUCACCGCCACUCGUCAAGAGUCCACCUCUAAUGCAUAGUCCACCGAAGGUGACCAGUCCACCACGUGUGUACAGUCCACCGUUGGUAGGCAGUCCACCAACGCGUAAAACGGAUUCUGUGGAUUUGGAAAAGGAAGCGGAAGCAAAGCCGGUAAAAGCACCGUCAGUGGGCACCUACAGCGACUCGGCAGCCGCGUCUAGUGAAACCUUAGACGCCGCUUCGAUCGUCUCACCCACCAUGGCCGCCGCACCGCCUACCGUCGCCGCUGCCACGGCGAGCACAUCGCUCAGCUACCAGGACGAACAACAGCCGCCACAACAUGUGAUGCGCGCACACCUCAGCAGUCAUCAUCACUAUCACCUGCCACACCAGUUCCAGCAUCCACAUCAUCAAAAUCAUCACACACACGGUGGUGUGCCCGUAGCCACACCCACAGUGCCCGCCAGCUAUGCGGGCGCACAACAUCUGCUGCACCAUCACCACAAAACGAGUCCCUACAGCAGCAGCGCAAUGGAUGAGGAUAGCAGCGGCAGUGUGAGUGGCGUCAGCGGUCCAACGCCACCAGCCAAACCGCCACACACACAAGAACGUCGUUCGCCGCCUAGCAGUGGCGCCACCGCUGCCACUAUGGCCACUUCUAGUGUCCUGCUGGUCGCAGAUGCCGCUGCUUCAAGUGCUUCGGUGUCGCCGGGCCGCUUGGCCAGUCGUUCGGGCUCUCAUCAUCGUGUCACCAUUGAUGAGUCGAAUAUAGCAACGUCGUCGGCAUUGAGCCAUCAGUUGGAUGUUAGAGGUGGUGACGGUGGCGAUGAUGGUGAUGCUGGUGGUAGUGGUGGUGGCGGUGCAGGCGGUUCGGGUCCACCGUCGCCCGGUUCAUCGCAUCGACGUCUCUCCUCAGCGCUGGGGGAUGAUCGACAGACGGGACAUUUAGCGUUAAUGUAUCAUUCGCACCAGUUGACCAGCUAUCCGGUGUUGCCAGCCAUCAAGCGAACGCAUCGACCGUCAUUCAUAUAUCCACCGAUGCCGCGUGUCAGAGCUGGAGAUGCCUUGGCCACACUCUUCUCCGCAUUGUAUGGCAAAUUAUUGGUGGUAAUGGGCAUCGCAUUUCCAAUGGCUGAAGUCAUAUCGACUUAUAUACCACCUUCCUUCUAUGAGGUGUAUUAUCUUUACUUGUACAUUGGCAGUAUGAUAUUUUUGCUCUUCAUGUAUGCCACGCUAUUGUGGGGACGACCGAAAAUACCAGCAAAUAUAACUUCGCCCAGCAAAUCAACAUCAAAAGCGCGUUCCUCCACCGCUUCGGAGAGCAUGGACGAAUCGGACACGGACAGCAAUUCGAUGCAUAACAAACGCAUACCGACGGUGAUACCCGCCCGAAGGCCCUCGCUACUGGCACCGCUCGGCCGGCAGCAUCACUACGGAUCCUUCUAUCUGCGUAUGGGCGCAGUGGCUUUUGGCAUUGGCAGCAUGAUCUAUUCGGGCUUGGAGUUCGGUCAGUAUUUCGAAUUGAAUCCGGACACCAAGUGUCAUAAUGUUUUGUUAGCAUUGACACCGGCGACGCGAAUGGCAUUCAUUUUCAUACAAAUGUACUUUAUUUUCCUGAAUAACGAGCAAAUCAAAGUCUAUCGCUAUAAAAUCAUCGCACGCUUCGGUCUAAUGCAUAUGAUCGGCACCAAUUUGGCAGUUUGGCUGAAUGUGCUGAUACAGGAAACGAAACACGAAAUAUUGACAUUCUACAAUCCGGAGAAUCGUACGCUGCGCAUCUCACAUCGUAUACCCGGACAUUCGCGUGGACAUGCAAACAUACCGGCAGUAAUACCCACCGAUCCCACAGCACAUUUGCGUAUACCGCGGGGACUGAAGGGUCCUUAUCAAAUUUUCGAGUGUCGACGUACCAACAUACUCGGCACACUGGUACAAGAUGCCUCACCAUUCCUCUUUCCCUGCACCAUUGAGUAUUCAUUGAUCUGCGCAGCCAUAUUGUAUGUGAUGUGGCGUAGCAUUUCGCGACCGCCAACACCAGCGCCACAACGUCCGGACACGAUCAGUUCGCCGAUGAAGCGUUCACCCCAUCACUAUUCGGUGGAUUGUGCGCGUGCGCACAAGGGUCUCUUCGUUGGCAUACUCAUACUCGUGCUGACCAUCAUUUCGCUCAUUCUCUUCUUCGUGUUGAUCUCGCGACCAGACUUUGUCGCCUUGGCCGUCACCGAGGUGACCAUCUGUGAGCUGCUCAUCUACGGCACAGCGACAAUAGCAACACUCAUCGGCAUGAUACAAAUACGACAUCUGCAAUAUGAUUGGUAUCGCAGCUUCUCGUUGGAUGAUAUUUUGUUGGUCGGUGCGCAGACUGGUUCCUUUUUGUACAAUAUAUUCACAGUGAUCGCCGGACAUUUUACGUUGCGCAGUGAUGAUAUGUUAGUACCGUUAAAUGCACUCGCCUCCAUUGUGCAAACGGCUUGCCAGACAUUAUUCAUCUUGGAUGCGAGUCGACGACAGGCCAUCACACCGGAGCAUAUACGUAAGAAACCCGGCCGAGAGAUUGUGACAUUUAUGUUGGUCGUGAAUUUGGCGAUGUGGGCGAUCAGCACGUUGGAGAAGUCACGUGCCGAAUCACAUCCAAUACAAUUGAAUUUCUAUGGUCUGUGGGCGUGGACGAUAAUAACGCAUGUGUCCAUGCCAUUGGCAAUAUUCUAUCGUUUUCAUUCGACAGUUUGCUUGUGUGAAAUCUGGAAGCGUGCCUAUAAACUGAAACCGGCCUAUAUGUGAGAGUUUGCGCGCGAGCGCAUUGCAAGCAUUGCGCAACAGCAACAAUUCUGUGAAGAUCUCAAAACCAAUUUGUCGUACUGUUAUUGCUCAACAACGCUGGCCGGCGGCGAACUCGAGACCGUCGAAGAGGCGGAGAGUGGCGAGAGCAACGGCUACGAAGAAGAUGACGAGGGUGAGGAUGGUGGCAAUGGUGAUGGUGACGUUGGUGGCGCUGGGACCGAUACGACUACAGCGGUGCUGGAAGGUGGUGGCACCGGCACCGCCGCCACAGAAGAAGAGGACUUGGACACAACCGACGGUGAUGAGUUAGAGGCGACACAACGACCGAAACAAAUGAAAGCAAAUGGUAGUGAACAGAAGCAGCAGAAACAGCAGACCAGACAACGACAUGUCAAACUAGUAGACUGUAAGGAUAACGGUAAUGGUAAUGAUAAUGGUAAGGGUAACGGUAAGGGUGGUGGUGGUGGUGGUAAACCUUCCGCAUUUUGUCCGGUUUUCGUGAUAAAUGGUGAAUGAGUUUACGAGGAUUUUGAGUUCAUUGAUGCGGGCAGCGAUCGUGAGCUCACAUUUGUUUAAGGUGUACACUUGGUAUAGACUUUGAGGCGAGUUAGGCGGUGUAGGCAGGUGUAGAAUUGAGGUCUGGAGUAUGUUGAGCUCGAUAAUGGUUAGACAUAUAUUUUAUGGAAAGUUUAAGAAGAGUACGAUUUUCUUUUGCGAAGCAGCCAUAUUCGGAGACAUAACAGGCUAGAUUGGGUAGUAAAGUUUAUCAGAACAUUUACUUCAAAAGUGAUACAGUUACUCCCAAGAAGUUAUGAAAAGAGCGGUUCAAAAAUUACCUAUUGCUAAUGAAAUGCUUUGAGAGUUCAACAGGUCACAGUAUAUAGGGGCUCAAUAGUUGAAACUGAAGUAUUAUGUACUUUCUUUAACGGCAACUAAAACCUGUAAUAUAUUCCUUAAUUUGAAAAAUCUUCCAAAUUAUGCCGAAGGGACCCCAUUAGGUGACGAAAAAGAUUGCUUUGUUACCAUGCAUAGCUGGGUGUUUUCGUAAGAGGCUCCACAAUAGGGUCUGUUAUCAGUAUUUUAGCUAAACGGCACUUUGUUUUCAGAUAUUCAGAAAACUUUUCCAAACAUUAUGUGAGAGAAAAUUCAAACAUUCUUUAGAUCAUAUUCGAGAAAGAGACCAAUAUAAAAUUUCAGCGUCACCUUGGGUGGACAAGAUCGAAAAGAAUUUCAAAAAGGUGUUCUAAGACAAGGCAAACAUUAUGUGAGGGAAAAUUCAAACAUUUUUUUAUAUUAUGUUCGAGGAAGUAGAUUUGAACACGAAACCAAUAUAAAAUUUCAACGAUAUUUUAGCUUAACACGAUCGGAAAAGAUUUCCAAAUAAGUAUUCAAAGACAGUUCAAGCAAUAUGUGGAGGAAAAUUCAAACAUUCUCAUGUUCGAGAAAGUAGAUUUGGGAAAGAGAUCAACAUAAAAUUUCAACUUUAACUUAGGUGGACAAGAACGAAAAGGUUUCCAAAAGAAGUGUUCUAAGGCACUAAAUCUUCACCGUUUUUUAUAUCCCGAAUAAAGAAGAAAAACUUUCCUCAUAAAUAAGAGAAAUUCGAGUGUAUACCCUUAAAAACUAAGAAUAUAUAAUAUAUACUUCAUAUGAAGGAUAUAAAUGAAUUGGCAAGAUCCUUGGUCGAGUUUUUAUGCACACGUUGUUAUUCAAUAAAUGACGGGUCUUUUCAGCUGUAAGAAAUUCUCUCAUGUUGGUCUGAAACUGAAAUUAAGCCCAGACAUUUCAACCAAAUAUCAUCUGCGUUAGGUACCAUGUAAUGCUAUAAUUAUAUCCACAACUCUAACAUUAUUCUGGGAAAUUUUUGAACUCAUUGCCGGCAUUAAAACAAAUUUAGGAUUUGUUGAGAGAUUUUUGCAAUAAAAAGCAAGCAAGGUCGCAUUUGGGAAAAUAGCGGGUUAAUUGAUAGAGAAAUUUCAACGAAUACUGUAACCAAAAUAAACCAGAUAAACUACUUAGAGGCAUAGGUUAUUGGUAGUUCUUUAUCCACAGCAAUAUUAAAAGUAUUCUCUAGGAAGUUACACAUUUAUAAAGAGAUUGAAACUAGUACUAUUUGAAGGCAUAAAACAAAAGAAAAAAUUAAAAAAAAAAUAUCACCAAUACACUGCGAAAUCAAAAUGGUCAAAGUAAAUGUACGAAAUAGUUCGAAACUAAAUACUACUAGGGAAUAUAUACCAUAUAACAUACAUAUUAGACAAAAUAGUAAAAGUAUAGAAAAACGAGUUGUAAAUUUAAUUAAUUUUUAGUAAUCAAGUGAGGAAUAAGAAAUAAUAACGAUAUUGAAAAAACUAUUCACCGAUGUACCGACCCACCAUAAACCACCAUUUCGAACAAAACUUUCAUUGGCAUACAAGAAAAACUAAAAAAAGCGAACCAAUUAAUUGAAAACGAAUUUCAAGAAACGAAAAAAACUGAAUUUCAAAAAAAAAUUAAAUUUCAAAAAAAAAAUAAAAUUUCAAAAAAAUUAAAUUUGGAAAAAAAUUUAAAGCCGAAGAGAAGAAUAAGCAAAGAACCCACACAUGCAACUACACUCAAUUGAAUAACAUGAUAACCUUACAAACGUGUACACACAAACAACCAUAGCUACAUACAUACAAGUAUUUUUCGAUGAAGAAAAUUUAAUUGAUUUUACAAAAAACCACGAAAAAAAAAUAUAAAGUGAUGCAAUAUUUUCUUUCAACUUUACCUAUAACAAAGAUCGAAUCAACAAUAUACAUACAUAUACCUAGAAAUACACACAAAAAUUACGCUAAUCCCCAAGGGGUGAUAGUUUGUUUACAUUAAAGUGAAGUACCGUAAGACGUAUGUGAAACAGUUACAUAUAUCAUGUUCUAACUGAUGAUAGUCAUAAAAAUUGCUAUAUAACAAUGUAAUCUACAAACACAUAUACAUACAUAUAUAAGUCAGUAUAAUUGAUAAAUCAAUGAACAAGAAAAUAUUGUAAACAUAUACAUACAUACAUAUAAAUUGAAAAAUAGAUUUUGAAUGAAAGCAAACAUAACCUUAAAAAGUUCUAGUGGAUACCAUGCAAAAUAACGUGUAUGUAGUUGUAUUCAUCGAUACUAUUUGUAUAGACUGAUUGUGUGUUCACCGCAAAUAACUUUAGUUCAAAAGUAGAAAAUUCAAUACUGAAACGAGUAAUAUUAUACAGAACAAAAAUCGAAGAGCGUAGUUCAUCAUAGAUACCUAUUUUACGAAAUUAAUUCGCUAAAAAUCAACGGCAUUUGGUUGCGUAUAUUAUGGGAAGUUUUAGUUGUUUUUAGGUGUAUUCAAAUUUUAUAGGAAAUCUUGUGAAUACCCGAAUGGAGUAAGGCUAAGUUUGGUUUUUUUUUCGAACAAUAAAGCGUUUAGUUUAAAACACAUUUAUAACAAAGAAUGUGUACCAAUCUUCAUCUUCUUCUUUACUGGCCUAGACAGCGCUUGCGCGGUUAUAGCCGCGUUAAUAUGUACCAAAAUUUUACUAUUUGUUCUCCCUGAAAUAUUACAACUCAAAUCAAAUAGUUAAUUGCUGCUUUUGAGGGUUCUGGUCCCUUCAUGGAGGGAUGCAGUCGUAAAUUUUUCAAUAUUACAGCUAAAAGGUGAUCAAUUGUCCUGCUGAGCAGACAAUUAUGUUCUUAUCUACGAAUUCCAAUUAUUGAGAUUGGCAUCUAAAGCGUUCAUCUUUGACUCAAAAGGACUCAAUUUGCAAACUGCGUAAGACUCGUUGUUUUUCUUAAAGGGUUUAUAGCCACUUGCAAAGCAGAAAUAACGCAGUUCUUUUUGAACUUUUCCGACGAGGCAUUUCAUUUUAAAAAUAAAUAUCUGGCGGCGAGCCAGAUUUUUCUGCUUAAAAAUAACUCAAAUCGAAAACAAAAAAUGGUAUUAUAUAUGAGUACAGGUAAUAAUCGAAAGACAUGUCAGAAUUUUAAUUAUUAACAAAAUGGCGGCUUCCCAAAAAAAAAAUGUUUUCUGUGUUUCCGACAUAUGAGCGGUUUUUUGAGGAAAAAAGGAAGUGUGCAAAAUUUCAAAUCGAUAUUUCGAAAACUGAAGGACUUGGUCUGAAUAUAUAAAUAUACAUUGUUUCCAAAAAGCAUACAGAAAUUGUAUUCAAUCGUUGAAAGUCGACCUCUUCAACUGAUGAAAAUAUUAAAAAAGCUUGAAAAUCGUCAAGCAAUAGCUGGUCAUCUCUCGCAAAAAAUUAAGAGUUUUGUGUUCUGUUUACAAUUUCCGGGUACUUUUUUGUCGAAAUGUAUACUUUUACAAUUCUAUCUGUACAUUACAAAUUACCAACUCCAGUUACCAGCAAAAGGUCAUAACUACUUUCCUUUGAGUAAAAUUCCCAAAAGACUUUUUUCACCGAAACAUGCAAUUUUUGCUACUAACAGCAGGAGAAAAAAUUAAAAAAAAAAACUUAAGGUUUUAAAAGUAUGGAAAAAACGUAUUUGCCAGAUUUUAAAAAUGAAAUUUUUUUGCCAUAUUUUCAGUGUUUUACCAAAAUCCUCGUAUAAAUCCCAAAGUUGCCAAAGAUAUUCUUUGAAAAAAAAAAAUAUUAAGAAGAAAAAAGUAAUAAGCAUGAAAGUUUGAAAAAAUUUAAUUCAUAAUUGACAGGAAAAAGGAAACUAUAGGAUAACCAUCCUAAUGAAUAUGCGAAUUAGAAAUUAUAAAAACAAAAAUGCUAUGUAAAAUUAGUAUUAAAGUUUAAUACACAUAAUUUGCUGUAAGUGAAAUGCUAAAGAGUUGCCACUUAAUUAUGCUAAGCGAGAAAUAUUAUGUACAUACAUACAUAUACAUGUAUAAGAUUGUGUUAUUUGUUUGCGAAAAUUGUUUUGUUGCAUUCAUUUAUUGUUGCAAGGAUCGACGAAGCAUUGUUUGUUUGAUUGUUCAUGUAACUGAUCAUUUGAUCAUUAUUUUAAGGGUUGAUUCUAAAGUUUUAAUUCUUAAAGGAAUAUUGCAUAAGUGAAAAUUAUAAUUAUAAAAUGUAGUUGCUAUUUUUUAACAGAUAUAAAGUAUCGUAAAUCGUUUAUGUAUGUGUGAUAGAGUAUAAAAAUUUUAUUUAAAUUGAAUGUAUUAUAUAUAAUAAGAAAUUAUGUAUGUAUGUAUAUAUAAGUUUUAAAUGCAGUUGAGGCUAAAAUUUAAAAAUAAAUUGUAAAGUUACGUUUUUUUCAGAAAUAAUGCAUUUAAAAUUUUUGCUAAAAAUAAAAUAUUUUAAUCGAAAUCAAUCAAAAGCAUUUUUCAGCUUUUAAAAUAUUAAUUUCUUGAGUUAACAGAAUAAGAAUAAAAAUAAAUAAUUGACAAGCAAGGAAGAGCUAAGUUCGGGUAAAACCGAACAUUUCAUAUAUUGUAACUUGCAAGGAUUAAAGCCAGGGAAGAUAAUUCACAUAUUGGCCCUUAUAUGCGGUAUAAACUCACCCGGAAAUUUGAAAAUUUAUAAAUUAGAUAUAUGGGGGCACACAGACAUAUUACUAUCAGAAAAAAAUUUCAAUUAUAAAUCUGAUACAUUGAUCGGUAUUUUCGGUAAAAAGUCAACUAUAGGUACUGGGGUGGUCCACAUAUUGUGUACGUAGUGGCUUGUUUUAUUUGACUUGGACCAUUUUUGGCCAUAAGGUGGCGUACUCUAAAGGCAUUAUUCGUGCAAAGUUGAAUUUUACACUCGAAAGGAGAGAAUCCGAUAGUAUUUAAAAUAGUCUUAUGUGGGAAGUAGGUGUGGCUGCAGUCCGAUUUUACCCAUUUUCACACUGUUGGUAGUUACUGCGGAAACGGACGAACGGACAGACAUAUGAAAUAACUUUUUUUAAAUUUAUUCACAGAGCUAAUUAAAAUUUUACAAAAUUUCAUAUUCCGGGAAAUGAAAAGUUUUUGAAAAAUUUAAAAUAAAUAUUUUUUUUUAUAAUUUAUUUAUAUAGUUAAUUUAAAAUUUUACAAAACUGUGUAUUUUGUUAAAAAUAAAAUUUUUAAAUAUGUAAAAAAAAUAUUUUUUUGUUACAAGAACAAGUUAAGUAAAUUUUUACGAAAUUUAUGUAUUUGUUUUUUUUCCAGCAAUUAAAUCUCUUUCAUGACAAAAACCGUAAACUCAGGUCUCCUUUAAUUUUUUUUAAAUAAAAUUAAAACAAAAUAUUAAAAUUAUUUUUUGCGCAAAAUAGUUAUCAAGAAUUAAAGAAAACAAUUUAAUUAUAAUAUUAUUGUAAAUUUUUUUAAAGAUAAUAAAAAUAUUAUUACAUUAAUAAACACUAAAUUAUUUAUAAAAGUAACAACUAUCUCAUAAAAAAAUGUUUUCAUCUACUGUGCAUAAUUUAGUUUCGAUGCCAAAGAUUUUUUCAAACCAUAUACAAGAUUAUUACAUUUAUAUAUACAUACAUGCAUUUGUAUAUUUAGUAAAUCUAAGUUAAGUGUUUGCUGUCUGUAAUUUAAUAAAAAAAUAAUAACAAUUGUGUGUUUUAAAAGUUAAGUAUGAAGGAAAAAGCAAUUUUAAAUUUAGUUAUGACAAUUGAAAUAUUAAUAUGUAUUUUAUAUAUUCUUCAUAUAAUAUACUAGCAUAUUAUUUGUAGUAUAUAAGGAAAUUAGAAAAAAACAAUAAAGAUUUUUUAUGAAUUCUGUAAAUUUAUAAAUAAAUGAGUGUAGCUAAAGGCAAAGAAGAGCUGAAAAUACAUUUGUGUCAACAAUGUAAUGAAACGAAAAAUAAAUAAAAAUAAUGAAAAAAAUAAAAAAAUAAUAAAAAAAUAACAAUAUAAAUAAAUAAAAUAACAAAAGAAAAAAUUAAAAUAAAACAAUAUAUCUAAAAAAAUUUAAAAAAAAGUUAAAUAAAAUAAAAUAUUAAAAAAAAAUUAAAAGGUAUUAAAAACAUUAUUUACAAAAAUAUAAAAAUAAAAUAAAAUGAUAAAAAAACAAUUUCUUUAACAAAAUUGUAUUCUUGCGAUACACAAUUUACAUUUAACAAAGUUUUAAUAAAAACAAUUAAAAACUACUAAAAUGAAAACACGAAAUUUACUCAAAGAUAUAGAAAUGUACGCUCAAUAUUGCAAACAAACAAAAAAAUAAUACAAAUAAAUGGUAAAAUAAAAUAUACAAAAAACAACAAAUUUGGAAAAAAUAAAAAAAGUAAAGGAAAAAGCCAAAAAAUAAAAUUUAAAAUAAAAAAAAAAAAAUAAACAAUUUAAAAAAACCAAAAAUUAAAAAUUAUAAAAAAAAUUAAAAACAAAACCGAAAACCAAAAACCAAAAAACAAAAAUAUAUACCACAAACAAUAAUCGUAUGUUAGCAAUUGAAAAUUACAUAAAACUACUACAUUUGUAUAUUUUGUAACAACCAUACAUAUUAAGAAAUACUUAUGUACGUAUGUAUGUAUGUAUGUACUUCAUUUAAAUUAACUGUAACUGCAAUACUUUAACUAUCUGUAAAUUAUUUCUGUAUUCUACUCGAUUGCUAUCCUAUUGUUUUUCUUUAGGAAUACGACUUAAAAUAUACCUACAAUAUACAUAUAUACACACACAUACAUAUAUACGAUAGAAAUCCCUAGUAUUAAAUAUUUACACAUAUAUUUAAUAUUUAUUAGCAUAUUUUUACAACUACUAAAAUUUUGUCUUAAUUAACAAUAUUUAUAAAAGCAAAAACAAAAGAAGCAAAAAUCUCAAAACCCGAAUGAAUAAUGAAGAAUGUACGAAGCAAAUGUAAUGUUAUUUUGUUCAUUUUACUAUAAAAGCGAUAUCGUUCAUGAUAUCUCGGAAAGUUGAAAACAUAAAUUGUAUGAUGUAAUAACAAUCAUGAAGUUGACGAUAAAGCAUAUACACAUGCAUAUUAUUAAUAAAUAUGAAUAAAUAUCUAAA